CUCAUUAAACUGCCACUCCAAUUCCCACCCAUCAAUACUUUCCCCUCACAUCAUCUCGGUGUGAAGAUUCAGACAAACAAUGGAACGUCUCUCGAUCAACGAAACCCCCGGCGGCGGCCCCCAGGGCAAUGCGCCGCAGGGAUUCCCGCCCCAGAACAACAACACCCUCGGACCCAUGACGCAUGGUCCCCCGCAGCUGCCGCCGCAGAUGUUCACGACCGCGGCUCAAUUAUUGGAUUUGACCGACAAGAAGCUUGUUUUGGUCUUGCGUGAUGGAAGGAAGUUGAUUGGCGUCUUGAGAAGUUGGGAUCAGUUCGCCAACCUCGUUCUCCAAGACACCAUCGAGCGCCUCUACUCGGGGAAUCUGUACGCCGAUAUCCCGCGCGGGAUCUUCCUCGUCCGUGGCGAGAACGUAUUGCUUCUCGGAGAGAUUGACCUCGACAAAGAAGACGAUGUGCCCCCUAACCUCCAACGAGCGUCAUUCCAGGAAGUGUUCGAACUGAAGAAGCAAGAGGAGACCAAGCGCAAAUCCAACGACAAGAAGCGACACGGCAAGUUACAGACCCUGGGAUUCGAGCCAGAACACAGCGGGGAGAUCUUAUUCUAGAGACUUGCCCUGGACCCCCACCACCAAUUCCAUCGCAUUGAAUUGGAGGGUGGCUUGCGUCGGCCAUGUUGUUUGCCAGAGA